UUACCUUUGUCUUCUUCGCUCUUUCUCUCCCUGAAAUGGAGAAUGAACCUUCAUCUGUACCGCCAUUUUCACGGGAGCUAAAUUUAGACAACCUUAAAGCCACCAAAGUUCUAGGCAACGGAGCAAUGGGCACCGUCUUUCUCGUCCACGACACCGCCACCGAUCCUACCGCGCGUUCUCCAUUUGCUCUCAAAGUUGUUCAGCGAUCCAAACACGACGUCGAUCGUCGUGCCCGUUUGGAGAUUGCGGUGUUGGAGAAGCUUUCCGCCGCGGACCCUGACUCUCAACACCCAUUUCUCCCUCGUCUUUUGGGUCACCUUCAGACCGCCGAGCUUCUCGCUUGGGCCAUCCCUUAUUGCCCUGGCUCCGACCUCCACAUCCUCCGGUACCGUCAAAUCGACCGGGUUUUCUCCCCCGUCGUUAUCCGGUUUUACCUGGCAGAGAUUCUCUGUGCUCUCGAGCAUUUGCAUUCCCUCGGCAUCGUUUAUCGUGACCUCAAGCCGGAGAACAUUCUCAUUCAACAAUCGGGUCACGCGAUGCUAACGGAUUUUGACCUUUCACGUAAUUUAAAGAAGAGACAAUUGUCGGAAUCUUUAACGGAGGAGAAAAAGGAACGGAGUUUGUUUCAUCGGUUAAAUUUCAUAGGAUGCAUCACCGUCGUACCCGAUAUCAGAAUCGAAAGAGCUUUGAGUAGAGCGAAAUCGGCACGAGUCACCCCAGAGAGUCGACGGAAACUGAGUUUCGCAGACGAGGAACGUUCGAACUCCUUCGUGGGCACAGAGGAAUACGUGUCGCCGGAAGUAUUACGCGGACACGGACACGAAUUCGCCGUCGAUUGGUGGGCUCUCGGGAUUCUAUGCUACGAGAUGCUCUACGGUACGACGCCGUUUAAAGGAGAAAACCGGAAAGAGACGUUCCGGAAAAUCCUGACCAAGGAACCGGAUUUCAUGGGAGAACGGAACGCUUUGACGGAUUUGAUCGGGCAGUUAUUAAAGAAGGAUCCGAAAAAGAGACUCGGAUAUCACGGAGGCGCGUCGGAAAUCAAGGAGCACGCGUUCUUUAAAGGGUUGAACUGGGACCUGUUAACAGCGUUGUUACGACCUCCGUAUAUUCCGUCGAGAGACGAUUGUGACUUGACAGGGAAGGUGACGGAAGAAGAAAUAGAUAUAAGGGAAUAUUUCGAGAGAAUGAAGGCUCCGUCGUCAAAGCAACAGUUACCAUUACCGCCACCUUCAUCGCAGCUGAUACGGAUCGUGUCUUUUACGGAGUUCUAACGCCGAAGUGAGAUACAUUGUAGAUAAAACAACGUGGAAAUGGCGGAGAUUAGUGGAAUAAAGCUGGUAGUACCAAAAGAAACAUGAAAGAAGACGAAGAAAUACAGGAAGAAGAAAUUUCAUGGAUUUCACUCCAUGGCUUUAGCAACUACG